GUCGUAUCGUGCAAGUCGUGUGAACGAUCUUUGAAUUUGUAUAUUUUUUCUCGACAACGAGGUGCGUUUGGCUUUUCGUUUACUAGAGCUUACACAAUAUUUCUUGAAACGCGAGUGGAAAUGAAUAUGCUUACAUUUAUAAUAAUAAAAUGAAAAUGUGGCGUCCAAUGGCAUGGAAACCCAAAUUAGAAGAAAAGUCGGAAUUCGUUUUUUUCUGCUGAAUAUAAGAACGAUCAGCAACGCGCAGACGAAAGCAAAGUACCUGAAAAUCAUGCGUACUUGACAAUAUGCGCGAGUGCUCAGAAUAAAAGAAGUCAAAAAAGAAACGCAAACAAUGCAAAAUAGUAGGGCAAUAAUAAUAUUUAUGUUAAGCAUUUUUUUCACAAUGAUGGAUUUCUUUAUACCUAACAAUGAUAAUACGUGAGUUCAGACCAGCGACCACAAGUAAAUGCAACGACAAAAAAAACUACGACGAACGCAGAAGCAGAAACCACAAGCAUUUUUGCAGACACAGCAGCAAGCAAAACACACAUAAAUAAAUAUAUAUACACCAAGUAAACUGCUGAAGUGGAAGAUUCAUCGUCGACAAGGAGAAUAAUAACUUUAAAACUGAUGGCAGCUAUUAAGCAUUGUAAAAAGCACUUGCUAAUUAGCCUGCUGCUUAUCUUUAUUCUAAUAAAAACCCAAUUGACACACUCGAUAGAGUUUGAUGAUGUUGUGUUUGCCGCAAGCUCUACACCUGGCCCGAUGUUAACGUAUCCUACAUCAUCGGGACGCCCCCAGCGCCCAUCUGUAAAGCUGAACAAAUGCUGCCACUUCGGCGAGUAUUUAAAUGCGACGACGCGGACCUGCAUUGCGGGGUCUUCAGAACACUGGGUGCCACUCGUCUAUUUAAUACAAAGGCAUGCUUACUUCAAUCCUGUGGGUGGCCAUCCUUCCUUUAUGGAGUUCUCGCCCAAUAUGCGCCCCAGCAUACCACAACAGCGGCAACAGCAAGAUGAGGAACAAGGGCAAGACCUAAGUAGCUGCCGGGAUCAAGAUUUGGAGCUGUUUCAGGACCGACAGGCCAAACUUGUGAUCUUUGGUAAUGGAUCGCUAUAUGUGCGAGAGCGUGCUGUGCUCAUCAAACCGCUUAGCUACUGCGUGGACCGACAGGUGGCACUUGUGUGCUUUACGCGAUCCGUUGCCUCAACACCAGAUCAAAAGCAGCGGGAAAGGGAGGGAGUGGGAAAUGUGACAGCUCCUUUACGUCUAUACAAGUGUUGCGGUAAAAAUCGCAAUUAUGACUCAGUCACCAAAACGUGCAGCAUCGCGGCGAAGGGCAAUGGCCAGCUGACACUAACUCCGCAGCUAGAGGCUGGUGCUUAUCAAACAUUGUACGGUUUGCCGGAGUGCAGUAAAGAAGCCUAUAACGCCAGUUACGUCAUUGCUGGCGACUGGCAAGAGGCGCAGCUGAAUCGUAGUAGUGGAGAACUGCAUCUCACUCACAAGAAUCUGAGCGCGUCACAGUACUGCCUGGAGCAUACUCAGCGCGACGGCGAGGUAAAGAUCAUAGCUUGCACGCAGCACUUCUCUCCUGCCAUCAACUUGGAGGUGGACAGUGACGGCCAGACGUCAGGUGCCCGCCUGCAGAAAGCUGUGCUCAACGUGGGCAUACUCAUCUCAGUAGUGUUUUUGGCGGCAACACUAGCUGCCGGCUAUAUGAUGCCCGCAGUACACCAUGCGCUACACUGGCGCUGCCAGAUUUACUAUGUUUUUUGUCUGCUGGUUGGCGAGGUGUUGCUGGCUAUCGAGCAACUGCAUACAGCACUUGUAUCGGGAUCCGGAUGGUGCCUUCUAGUUGCCGUCGGUAUGCAGUUUUUCUUUCUAAGCGCUUUCUUUUGGUUGAACACCAUGUGCUUUAACAUCUGGUGGACCUUUCGCGACUUUCGACCCAGCUCACUGGAACGAAACCAGGAGGCACUACGUCUAAGGCUUUACUCGGCAUACGCCUGGGGCGUUCCAUUGCUCAUCUGCACGAUUGCAGCAUGCGUGGACCAACUACCGGAUACAACACUGUUAAGGCCGGGAUUCGCUCAGCCCUACUGCUGGUUUGACAAUCGCACGCUCGCUAUCUUCGCCUACUUCUAUGGCCCCAUAGGGCUGUUGCUCUGCGCCAACAUUGCCCUCUUCAUAUCGACCACUCACCAGCUGACCUGCGGCCUUUGGAAGCGUGACGACGUCAAGUCUUCAACCGAAAAGUCGGCUCUAGGCAAGGUGUGCCUUAAGCUGGUGGUGGUUAUGGGUGUCACCUGGAUAGCGGACAUCAUAUCCUGGAUUGUGGGCGGGCCCCAUGAGGCGUGGCUGCUAACAGAUCUAAUAAAUGCGCUGCAGGGUGUCUUCAUCUUUAUAGUUGUUGGCUGCCAGCCACAGGUUUGGACUGCCUGCAAGCGUAUCUGUUGCCCACGUCUGCGUCAUGAUAUAACCAACACAACAAAUGGCGUUCAACAUUCUAGCAGUUCACAGGGCCUGCCUUCUAUGGCAGGCUGUGGCACGGAGUUCACGCAGAACACGUCCAUGAAUAUAACUAGUACACAGUGCACGAGUUCCAGUAGUCCUCCAAACAGCUCCUCUAAUAAAGGGGUGUGCGUGAGCGGCGACUUUGGCAGCUCUGUCGAUAACACCGGGGUUGACAGCAGCGCUAAUGGCAGUGGUGAUAGCGCCGCUGCGCUAACCGAUAGCGCGAUGAUAACGACAGCAAAGAUUCCCAUGGAAACCAUUUGUUAAGCUGCGACGAGCGAAAAUGCGAAAUUAAAGUUAAUCCCAAGCUCAGAUACAUAUUGACGGUUACGGCGUGGAACUAACAAAGGCAGGAAGGCAAAAUUGCGCAAUAUCAGCCAAAAACAACGAAAAACACAACAACAACGGCAUUCAAGCACGCGCAUUGACCAACCAAGUAAACGGCGCAUCGAUCAGCUUUUGUAAGCGUAUUGUUGCUGUAAAUAUACACACAUAUGUAUGUCUGUAUAUAUGUACAUACAUACAUAUGUAAAUAUGUGAACGAUUUUGAAAUCAGCUACACUGUGUUGAUGUAUGUACAUGCUUUCAUUUAUACAUAAGUAUGUACAUACGGUGCAACUACAACGGAGAACAAUUAGCAUUUAACUUGAGCAUAAACAAACGCUACAGAAAAGAAAUGUAUGUAUUUUAAACUACACAUGUAUGUAUAUAUAUGUAUGUACAUAAUACAACCAAUGCUUGUCAACCAUGUAAACGGUAUAAUAGACACGUCUGAGCAACAGGUUACAUUCAGAUUGAAUUGUGUGUGCAUACACACAUACAUAUGUAUCUAUGUACGUGCAUACAUACAUAUGUAUGUACCGUACACCGUGGCAUUAACUUAAUCAACAACAUGGAAAUGCUUGAAAGACGUUUUGAAAUUGUAAAGUGUGCUUCAAAAGUGCCUAAAAAUUGUCACCACAAAACGUAAUUAUUGUUCGCGGAUUUCACAAAGCGAAUUAACAACUUGCGUUGGCAGCUAUUUUGGUGGACCGGUCAUUGGGUGUGUGUCUGUAUGUUUAUGUAUAAUGAGCAGCAGCAGCAUCAAGGAAUUUAUUGUUAUUCCAUUUUUUCUCUUAAUUUUUUUGAAAGUAUUUUAGUGCUCAACUUUAAAAGUCAAGUGUGAUGAAGCAACACAACAACAAAAGCUCCGAAAGCAAAUGCAAAAGCACAAACACAACACACAAAUAUUUAACAUUUAAAUUACGUGGCUCCUGUUGCACUCAUUUUUAACAUUACAUUCAAACGUUCGUAAUCGCUUGUAUGUACAUACAUACAUAUGUAUGUAAGUUAUGUACAUAAAUACUUUUAUGUCGAAUUUAAAUAAUUUUUCCAGUUUUUAACAGCCUUUAUUUAUUUUUUCACGUUUGCGCUAAAGUACAUACAAACAUAAAUUUUUAAAAAAUUACAUAUAUACGUACAUACAUAUAUACAUAUGUAUGUAUGUGGUUUCAAUUGCUAAAAAAACGCAAUUUAGUUAAACAAAAGAAGGAAGCUAGCUAAUUGUUUACCAUAAAUGAAACAGAUUCAUACAUAUUUAUAGACAUACAUAUGUAUGCACGUAUGUAUAAACAGACAUGCUAUGAUUGACUCACUUCAAAGUUCAACGCAACAGACUCAUCAAGGUUGAUCUCAUACAUAUGUAUGUAUUUACAUGUGCAUGUACAAACAUUCGUAUUUCAACACGAGUAAAAGCUAUUAAGAGGCCGUCCCUCACCAACAUGCAAAUGACGGCCAAUACCGUUAACUAAUCAAAUUGGCGUUGCUAGACUAGGAGUCAAUGUGCCGUUUCAAGUGUUAUGCUAUCUUCAACCGUCGUUACUAUUUGACAAUAUGUAUUUGUUUCCAUAUAAUUUGCUUAAAUUUAAAAAAACGCAGAAACUUAGAACAGAACAAUUAUUAUUUCUUAAUUUAUUUGACAAAUUAUUUAAUUGUGCGCACUCAAAGUGUGUAUGUAUGUUUAAUACCAAUACAAAUAUAAGCAUAUGUCUAAUUAUUUUUUAGUACACACAUAACUUUACAUAUACACAUACAUUGGUACAUAACCAAUGACACAUAUAGUACUUGCUCAUAAUAUGUAUGUGUACAUAGUAUGUACAUAGUGUAUGUCCAUAUUUACUUCCAAAGUGUUCAGACCAGGAGUUCGCCUUUUUUCUUUUUGUUAAAUGUAUAUAUUUGUGUGUGUGCAAUUUUGUAUAUAAAACAUUUACAUAUACAUAUAUGAAACUAACGAAAUCUUCUAAUAUAAGCAACAAAAUUUUGUACUGACUGAGGCAAUGCGGCUAAACUGCAACGAAUAUCUUAUAUCUACAUAUGUAUAAUGUAUGUAUAUUAUAUACAUACAUACAUAUGCAUACCUAAAAUGUACGGCUAUUUUUGAUACUAAAAACAAACAAAUGAUUGUAAAUACUAUACGUAUCAGUUUAUUAACGAUCACGUUAAACUGAACAACUGAAAGCUUAAUAUUUUUUUUUUACCAUGAAAACAACUACUCGAAUAUCGGAACAACGAAUAUGCACCAUUUGCAAGUCUUAUUACAUAUAUAACCAUAAACCAGUUUUCUUUAAAAUAAAACUGCUUAUUGGCCCUAAGUGUUAUUUAUGUAACAAUUUUAGCCCAUUUAGAUAACUUAAGU